ACUUAGAAGUUAGUAUUAUUUAGGUGCUCCAUCUGAAUGGAAAUGCUCGGGCCCUGGAACUGGUCGCUCCCUUCCACCCAUUCCUGCUGCUCGCUCGCUCGCUCGCGUCUGUUCCUUCCUGCUCCUCUUGUUCGCGCCUGUCCCUCGAUCCUCCAUCCCUGAUCCUGCAAGGCUUCGAGUGCAUUUCUCUCGAACCCUAGUCUCCAGAUCCUUUUCGCGCCGCCAUCGCCCCGAUUCAUGGAUUCUUCUCGCCUUCCUUCCUAUUUCCUUUAGGGAAAAUCUUUGACCUUCUCAGCAGGAGAGCCUUGUCUAACGAAGUUGAUGGAGAAUAACUAAUUUCUUUUGCUUAUGGGUGCUGGUUCUUGGUGUUGUGGACAAAAAAAAAUAACCAGAUUUUGUUGUUUAUAUUGUUAGUUUGACUGGAAAUCAGAGGGGAGCCUCAUGUAUUUUGCAGCCACAGUUUAUUUGUAGCAGCUACUGUGAGCGAUCAACUUUGGUGUACUUUGCUAAGAAAGUCUCUGGAGAUGAAUUUCUGCAUUUGAAGAGGAAGAAGCAUUCAAGACGUGAUUGUUAUCGCCUGAACAUAACUUCACAUGGGUGAUCAUGGAGUUUGGACACAGCUGAAUGACCUACAUCCAAAUGGUCUUUUGCCUGCAGCAAAGACCAAUGUGACCCAAGCGCUUGAUGCAGAUAGAUGGCUUAAGGCAGAGGUGCACACUACAGAUCUGAUCGCAAGAAUUCAGCCCAAUCCCUCGUCUGAGGAGCGUCGAAACGCUGUGGCCAGCUAUGUCCAGCGUCUGAUUACAGAGUGCCUCUCCUGCCCAGUUUUCACAUUUGGGUCAGUUCCUCUCAAGACCUAUUUACCUGAUGGAGACAUAGACCUUACUGCAUUCGGUGAUAAUGAGAAUAUGAAGGAUACGUGGGCUGCUGCAGUCUGUGCUGUAUUAGAGAAAGAAGAGAAAAAUGAAAAUGCUGAAUUCCAAGUAAAAGAAAUUAAAUAUAUCCAAGCUGAGGUAAAGCUUAUAAAGUGUCUCGUUGAAAAUAUUGUCGUUGAUAUCUCUUUUAAUCAAGUUGGUGGUCUAUGCACACUCUGUUUUCUGGAAGAGAUGGACAAAGUAAUAGAUCGAAAUCAUCUAUUCAAACGGAGCAUUAUAUUAAUCAAAGCAUGGUGUUAUUAUGAAAGUCGAAUAUUGGGUGCUCAUCAUGGUCUUAUAUCAACAUAUGCAUUGGAGACACUGGUGCUUUAUGUAUUUCAUGUCUUCAAUAAUUCAUUUCUUGGUCCACUUGAGGUCUUGUAUCGGUUUCUGGAAUUCUUUAGUAACUUUGAUUGGGACAACUACUGUAUUAGUCUUAGGGGACCGGUACCUAUCCGUUUCCUUCCAGAUAUUUCUGCGGAGCCUCCUCGAAAAGAUGAUGGCAAAUUGUUGUUUACCAAAGACUUUAUUGACAAAUCCACUGCAGAAUAUUCUGUCAUGCCUGGUGGACAAGAAAAUCACAGCCAACCUUUUGUUUCGAAGCAUUUUAAUGUUAUUGAUCCUUUAAGGACAAACAACAAUCUUGGACGCAGUGUGAGCAAAGGCAAUUUCACCAGAAUACGUAGCGCUUUUGCAUUUGGAGCCAAAAGAUUAGCGAGGUUACUUGACUGCCCAAAAGAUGCUAUAAUUAUGGAAUUAAAUGAGUUUUUUACUAACGCAUUGAUAAGACAUGGUACUGGUAAUCGUCCUGAUGUUCAUAGCUUGAAUUUACAACCUUUUCAACAACUGAAAACUCUUCCAAUUGAUUCAAAAAACCUAAACACCAGUACAAGUGUCCGAAAGAAAUUUGAGAAUGGAAUAUUGCGAGUUGUUGAGGAGCAUUUCCCUGAAACUAGCCAAAGUUCUCUUAAUUCAGUUAAUGAAAUGAUUUGUAAUCAGGAAAUGUAUAAGGCUAACACUUUAUCUGUAGUUGCUCAUGAUGAGUGUCAGACGAGUCGCAUAAAACAGAUCAAUUCAGGAUGUAUUGAUCAACUGGGAAGAAGCCAUGGCUCCACAGGAUUUGUUCAAAGUAGCAAAACCCAGAAAACUUUGAAAUAUAAUUACUCUGUCAAUCCAUGGAAAGAGCAGGGUAAACUUCAUUUUGUGAGGACUAGAUCUAGUCCUAACCUGACAGAAACAUGUUUGGAUUUAUCUCGAGCAAGGCAUAGUAGAGCAAUGGAAACACUGAAAGUACAAAGCCAAGUAAAGUUUGAUUCUGGUAUCAGUAGGAAAAACAUGGGAUCUGAAAUGACAAGCAGUCAUAAUUCCAAGUCUUUUGAUGAUUAUACAUCAAAGUGGCAGAUUGCAUCACACAAAAACUUUGAUAUGGCUUUUGACACAAAUAAUGUUUCAAAUAGCCAUCAGGGUUAUUGUAGAUUUUCUAACAUGGGGGAUGAACUUGCUUCUGUAUCAGAGACCUUGGAAAUGCAGCAGGAAGAACAAGACUUGGUGAACAUGAUGGGAUCUUCUGAUAUUCAUAGUUUUAAUGGACAGGUUACAUAUCAAAUGCCUAUAGCUGCAUAUAGUUUGCCACUAACAUUUUCGCCUGUUCCAACUUCAAUGGGUUAUGCUAAGAGAAAUUUGGAUGGAGUUCUGCCUUCAAAUUUGCCUCCUAUUGGGGCUCCCUGGAUGUCGUCUAUGCAAUUUAAUCAAAGUCUUACUUCCUUCCCCCUUUAUCAUUACAUCAAUGUUGCAACAUUUAGUUCAAAUGCAGAUGCCAUUAUUGAUUCUUCUAAUGAUGGUUCUGCAGUAGUGGAGCUCAAGGCAGAUGAAGUUGGUCACAACCACUUGAAGGAAGACGAAGCUGUACUCUCCAGAGGGUCUAAUCCUGGUCACGAUGUUUCUCUUGACAAAAAUCAACAGAAAUUAAAAGGCAGUUUGACCUUAAGUCCCACAGCAAGAGACAUCAAUUAUUGUUUGACCACGAGUCCCACAGGUAGAGGCAUCAAAUCUGGUUUGUCACGGGAAUAUGAUAGGGUAGGCAGAGAAGAUAGAAGUUUGAUUAGAGAAGAUACUAAUGCCUCAUUUCAACCCAAAACAACUAAAGGUGAUGAUAUUCAAUCUAAUUCCUGGACUGCAAAUCCUAAGCUUUUCCCUCUGGCGCUGGCACAUUCUUCUAGAGGUAAAUCUGUAUUAGAAAAUCAUAGAGACAAGCCAUCUGCAACCUCAGAGUCUGCCAGGGAGAAAUGGGGUAGAAGAUCAAGUUCAUCAGUUUCACCAUCCCCUCAUGGAAAAGACAACGGUAGAUUGCAAUUUGAGGGUUCCUCUGACAAUGGCUUGGUCAAGGUAAAUAAUGAUGUUCCAGAUUGGAUAUCCUCAACUGCAGGAAAUGAUAUGCCUGAAAGAGUCACAGAAUCAGCAUCUUUGGUUGCAUCAGUUUUGAGAAGCCAGCAUCUACUGGGUCAUGAAUCUGAGCAAAAUCAAUCAGAUUCAUUGACCCCUUUUGCACCAGUUCUUGUUGGCACUUCCGAGCAGAGGGUUACAGAUUAUUGCAAGUUUAUCCCUACAUUUGUUGCUACCGGUCCACCAGUUCCAUACUUAGUAUUUCCCUUUGGUAAUUUCACGUCCAACUCUGGAAAACCAGAUGGAUAUGCAGGGCAAUUGGAUAGGGAGGAGGAGUCAGAUCAGUUUCAAGCAAGUCCUGAACACCACAUUGAUUUAUUGGAGAACCUUGAGCAAUCUAAGGCUAUAGUGAGCCCAACUGUCUCAAGGAAUUCUGCUUCUGAGUUCUCCAAGGAAUCUGCUUCUGACAUUCUAAACAGUGACCUCAAUGGCCAUCAGCAAAAUCUAGUAUAUGGACGGUUCUGCCAAAACCCUUAUAAUGGAACUUUAUUCUACUCAUCGCCACCUUUUGUAGGGUCACAAAUCUAUCUUCCCAGUCAUUAUCCAUGUGAUGGUCCUGGCAGAUCUCUCACUGCUAAUCUGAACUAUGCACAACCUAUGGGAUACAGUUCUCGUUUGAUGCCUGUUAUGCCACUCCAGUCUGGUCCCGGUGGGACCUUUGUUGCCUUCCAACAUAAUGUAGAUGAAGCACCAAAACAUCGUGCUGGUACUGGAACUUACCUUCCCAAUCCUAAGGUUUCUUAUAGAGAUCGACAAACUAAUUUGAGGAAUCGUGGGAGCUGGAACUAUGACCAUAAUGAUCCUGGGGACAGACCAAGAGCUUUUGAUCGCCAUCACAGCCGCAACCAAUCUGAUAGAGCAAGCAGUCGGCCUGACCGCCUUCCUGCAGCCAAAAAGUCAUGAGGAUAAAAAGAUGGGAGUCAUACAAGCUUGAGCCUCUCAUCCACAGAGAUCAUGACCACCCAUUUGCAUCUACAAAUUCACCGAAUAACCUAGAAAAUGCCAUGGCAUGUACCUGCAAUUUGCUUCCAGUUUGAAUGGUGUUCUUCCAACUGACCAACUAAUGGCUCCUGUUGUAUUCAUGUGCCCAUAUGAUCCAGGAAUUGUAAAUGGUUAGCCUGCUGACCGACUUGAGUUCAGUUCUCUGCGGGCUCUGCAUCUACCUAAUGGCACAAAAGAAACCCUAGAAUAGGAGUUUCAGAAGGUGAAUGGGAGAUAAAUCAUAUGGCCAGCUUAUAGUCGAUCGUCAAGUGAUUAAAGAAUGGAAGGAGUUUUUUCUCAAGGGCACGUGCCCACGUAGAGGUUCUCAUUCUUCUCCAGAUCAACCUUCUUCAGCAUAACUAUAAAUGUUACUCAUUUCGGUUGUAGUUUUUCCAAAAUUUUCUUCUGUGUACAUAUUCAUGUUGUAGCUUAUUUUUGAAGGCAGAAAAAGAAAAUGAAAAUACGGUAGAAGCAAAUAAAGACAUCAUUGACAUGAA